CGAAGAACAUGGAGACGAUCAAGACACUUCUUACCAUCGCUCAAACGGAUGGUAAUUACAUCGGGAAGUCUUGGCUCGAGAUACUGAAAUGCAUUUCCCAACUUGAAUUGGCUCAACUUAUCGGUACUGGUGUGAAAACGCGAUACCUUCACACGGCGUCCAGCGGUGUUACUAAUUCACCCACAGCAUUCAUCGAAAACAACAAGACAUCUUAUGAUAUAACCUCAGGUUGCUUAUAACAUUGUUGUGACGCU